AUGCGAGCUCAGGUUCUCGAAGCCUUCAACACACCUUAUGUCCUCAAGGAUGUGAAAAAGCCAGAUGCCCCGACAGGCCAAGACUUGCUGGUCCAGGUUCAGGCGGCUUCAUAUUGCCACACUGAUGCAGUCUUCGCGUCUGGCGCCAUGUGGCAAGACCUCCCUCGCGUCGGAUCACACGAGUUUGCAGGCGUCAUUGUGGCUAUGGGAGAUGAUGUUUCCAAAGACCUUGGACUGUCUGUAGGAACUCCAGUCGGAGUUCCUGGCCGUGCAUUCCAUCCUUGCGGUUCUUGCUACGAAUGCCGUGUCAACGACGGUGACCCCCAUGGAUAUGGCGUGUACUGCACCAAAGCCGGCAACCUCGGCCUCUCACGGGAUGGCGGUUUUCAAGAGUUUUGCAUCGUGGAUUCCCGCCAGGUUGCGCCGAUGCCAAAAAACAUGACUGCCGUGGAUACGGCGCCACUCAUGUGUGCGGGCCUUACUAUCUGGAAUUCUCUCCAGGCAGCCCGUGUUACGUUGAAAGAGGGAGGCGGCGACGGCCUCACAGUUGCCAUCUCUGGGGCCGGUGGUGGACUUGGUCAUCUGGGCGUACAAUUUGCUGUCAAGCUGGGUUGCCGAGUUGUAGCGAUUGAUGCCAGCGACGGCGCGCUCGAAUUGCUUCGCCAGGUUGUUGAUUCGCUAGGUCCAUUGUCACACAAAGUUUCCAUCGUGGAUGCCCGUACACAAACCCCUGAGGAUGUCCGCAUAGAGACAUGUGGCAAGCCAGAGAACGACCUGCCCGGUGAAAAGGGCGUCGAUGCUCUCUUAGUUCUCCCAGAGGCUCAGCAGGCUCUGACAUAUGGAAUGAAGUUGAUCAAAGACCACGGUAUUUGCGUUACUGUCUCUUUUCCCAAAGAGGGAUUCCUGAUACAGCCUCGUGAUCUGGUCUUCCGCCAUAUUGAGAUGAAAGGUGUUCUGGUUGGCCGAAAUCAUCAACUUAGAGAGAUGCUCAAUUUCGCGGCGAAGAAAGAUGUUCGCGCAAAGACUAGGACGUACAAACUAGAGGACCUCAACCAACUGGUGACUGACUAUCAUAACGGCGUCAAUGGUAAACUUGUUGUGGAUAUGACGAAAUAA